CGCCAUCACCACGUCCUCUUCUCUGCUGCUCAUCGAACACGCACAAGCGAUCCCCCCCAACACGUUGGCUUCCCAGCUUUUGCAAGGAUAGCGCGUACUCCGUAGCUAAGCCCUGCGGUGCUUUCGUCUACCCCCCCUUGUGCUGCAGGCAGGUGGACACUGCCGGCUUCGGCAAAAAAAAAAGAAAAACUCGACGUUUAGUACACAAUCGAACAAAUUUAUCCACCCUCAGACCAAUUCUUUAUUGUUUUUCUUUCGAAUUGCCUUUUUGCAUUAAUGUUUUCUCUUCACACGCGGGGAAGAGAGAGAAACCACGCCGACAGAACACGAUUCCUGUAGACGCCCUCUGCGCCUGUCCUACCGUGUCUCUGUCCAUUCAUUCUACUGUCUCUCUCUCUUCCCAAAGAAAACAGCCCGGGGUUUCUCAUUCCACCGGUGUGGGGAACUCUUCCUACUGUACGGAACAUCUCAGACGACCAAGUUCCCAAAUGACGAGACGAGGCUCCGGUGGAUGCGCCCUUGGUGCCGCCGACCCCGACGGUGGAACCAGUGCAGCCGCCCGUUACACCGACGGUAACUCCUGUAGAAUUACCCACGGCUACAGAACCCCCGGUCACACCACCGACACCGGUAACAACGGCCACGCCAGUGGACGCUCCAGUCACUCCGACACCCCCCCCGGUAGAUGCGCCCCCCGCGCCUACCGUUGCACCACAGCCCGUAGCGCCCCCCGUUACUGCUACUUUGCCACCGGCCGCGGCACCAACGCCAACAGCUACCGAACCCCCCGCCACAACGGUGACAAUUCCACCGGCCACGGCGCCAACGCCAACAGUUGCCGACCCCCCCGCUACCACGGUGACAACUCCACCGGCCACGGCACCGACGCCAACGGUAACUACCCCCCCUGCUGCGGCGCCGACGCCAACAGUUACCGAGCCCCCCGUCGCGAGUACAACGCCGCCGGCUGCGGCACCGACGCCAACGGUAACUACCCCCCCUGCUGCGGCGCCGACGCCAACAGUUACCGAGCCCCCCGUCGCGAGUACAACGCCGCCGGCUGCGGCACCGACGCCAACGGUAACUACCCCCCCUGCUGCGGCGCCGACGCCAACAGUUACCGAGCCCCCCGUCGCGAGUACAACGCCGCCGGCUGCGGCACCGACGCCAACGGUAACUACCCCCCCUGCUGCGGCGCCGACGCCAACAGUUACCGAGCCCCCCGUCGCGAGUACAACGCCGCCGGCUGCGGCACCGACGCCAACGGUAACUACCCCCCCUGCUGCGGCGCCGACGCCAACAGUUACCGAGCCCCCCGUCGCGAGUACAACGCCGCCGGCUGCGGCACCGACGCCAACGGUACAACGCCGCCAGCUGCGGCGCCGACGCCGUCAGUAACCGCCCCGCCGGCUACGGCGCCGACGCCAACAGUUACUGAGCCCCCCGCCGCGGGGACAACGCCGCCGGCCACGGCACCAACGCCGACAGUAACCAACCCCCCCGCUAUGGCUCCAACGCCAACAGUCACUGAGCCUCCCGCCAAUGGUACAACGCCGCCGGCUACGGCGCCGACGCCAACAGUUACUGAGCCCCCUGCCACGGGUACAGCGCCGCCGGCUACGGCGCCGACGCUAACAGUUACUGAGCCCCCCGCCGCAGGUACAACGCCGCCAGCUGCGGCGCCGACGCCGUCAGUAACCGCUCCGCCGGCUACGGCGCCAACGCCAACAGUCACUGAGCCCCCCGCCACGGGGACAACGCCGCCGGCUACGGCACCAACGCCGACAGUAACCAACCCCCCCGCUAUGGCACCAACGCCGACAGUAACCAACCCUCCCGCUACGGCACCAACGCCAACAGUCACUGAGCCCCCCGCCACGGGGACAACGCCGCCGGCUACGGCACCAACGCCGACAGUAACCAACCCCCCCGCUAUGGCACCAACGCCGACAGUAACCAACCCUCCCGCUACGGCACCAACGCCAACAGUCACUGAGCCCCCCGCCACGGGGACAACGCCGCCGGCUACGGCACCAACGCCGACAGUAACCAACCCCCCCGCUAUGGCACCAACGCCGACAGUAACCAACCCUCCCGCUACGGCACCAACGCCAACAGUCACUGAGCCCCCCGCCAAUGGUACAACGCCGCCGGCUGCGGCGCCGACGCCAACAGUUACUGAGCCCCCCGCCACGGGGACAACGCCGCCGGCUACGGCACCAACGCCGACAGUAACCAACCCUCCCGCUACGGCACCAACGCCGACAUUAACCACCCCCCCCGCUGCGGCACCCACACCCACAGUAACCGCCCCCCCCGCUACGGCGACAACGCCGCCAGCAACGGCACCUACACCAACCGUAAACACCCCACCUGCCACCGCUCAACCGGUCUUUCAACAACCUGUGUUGGUGCGCGCUGUACCAGCCUCCUACGUCGGUCGAGCCAACGGCGACAACUCAACCUGCAGCGGCUCCCGUGGAGCCACCCUCCACGGCCACAACACAACCGGUCGCGGCGCCGACACCAACGGUUACGGCGCCCCCCGUCACUGGGACAUCGCCACCUGCUGCGGCUCCUGUUGCGGCUCCAACUCCAACAGUCACGACGCCCCCUGCCACAGGGACAGCACAACCGGUCACGGCACCAACCCCGACAGCGACCGCGCCCCCUGCCACAGCACCGACGCCAACGGUCACCACCCCUCCCGCGACAGGAACAGAGCCGCCGGCUGCGGCACCAACCCCGACAGCUACGGCGCCCCCUGCCACGGGGACGACACAACCGGUUUCGGCACCAACCCCGACAGCGACCGCGCCCCCUGCCACGGGCACAACACAACCGGUUUCGGCACCAACUCCGACAGCGACCGCGCCCCCUGCCACGGGGACAACACAACCGGUUACGGCACCAACUCCGACAGUUACGGCACCCCCUGCGACGGGGACAACACAACCGGUUACGGCACCAACCCCGACAGUUACGGCGCCCCCUGCCACGGGGACGACACAACCGGUUACGGCACCAACCCCGACAGCGACCGCGCCCCCUGCCUCGGGGACGACACAACCGGUUUCGGCACCAACCCCGACAGCGACCGCGCCCCCUGUCUCGGGGACGACACAACCGGUUUCGGCACCAACCCCGACAGCGACCGCGCCCCCUGCCUCGGGGACGACACAACCGGUUUCGGCACCAACCCCGACAGCGACCGCGCCCCCUGCCACGGGGACAACACAACCGGUUACGGCACCAACCCCGACAGCGACCGCGCCCCCUGUCUCGGGGACGACACAACCGGUUUCGGCACCAACCCCGACAGCGACCGCGCCCCCUGCCUCGGGGACGACACAACCGGUUUCGGCACCAACCCCGACAGCGACCGCGCCCCCUGUCUCGGGGACGACACAACCGGUUUCGGCACCAACCCCGACAGCGACCGCGCCCCCUGCCUCGGGGACGACACAACCGGUUUCGGCACCAACCCCGACAGCGACCGCGCCCCCUGUCUCGGGGACGACACAACCGGUUUCGGCACCAACCCCGACAGCGACCGCGCCCCCUGCCUCGGGGACGACACAACCGGUUUCGGCACCAACCCCGACAGCGACCGCGCCCCCUGCCUCGGGCACAACACAACCGGUUUCGGCACCAACUCCGACAGCGACCGCGCCCCCUGCCACGGGGACAACACAACCGGUUACGGCACCAACUCCGACAGUUACGGCACCCCCUGCGACGGGGACAACACAACCGCGACCGCGCCCCCUGCCUCGGGGACAACACAACCGGUUUCGGCACCAACGCCUGUAUCCGAAACCCCCGCUGUUGCCCCGACCCCAGUAAUCCCGACCCUGUUGCCUGUCGCAACACCUCCUGAACCUCCCGCUGCUUCCGAUUCGCUGCAGCCUGUUGUGGCGCCACCUACAGCUUCUGGGGCCUUGACAAAUGCGCCUGUGGAUGCGGCCCAGCCAGUGGCACCAGGGACGACCCAGCCAGUGGCACCGGGGACGACGGUUCCCCCUGCCACGGCUCCGACCGCUCUGGCGCCGAGUGCUGAGCCUGUGAUUGGGGUACAGCCGAGCGUCCCUCCAGUCGCCGCUCCCUCAGCAACAAUCGGACAGGAGCCCACCGUGGACCCGAUAGCCGUGGUGCCUUCGCCGCCUCCGGCCGCCGUGGUUCCCUCGCCCCCGCCGGCCCCUGUGGUCGGCGCGCCGCCUACGGCUACGAUUACCACAUCGCCCGCCGCGGUCCCGGGGGCGCCUACGGCCGAGCCGGCGCUAGCGCCGGUGGUCCCCCUGCCCCCCGGACAGACCGCCGCUCCCGCCGCCAGAGACCUCCCCAUCGCCGGCAUCCCGACGCCGGUCCCGAUCGCCGGCGGCACAGCCCGCCCGGCCGCUCCCAUCGUGGCGCCGGUAGUCCCCGGCGCCCCGACGUUAGCCAGCACCAGGGCGCCUGUCGACCCGGCGGAUAUCCCCAAGACACCGGCGCCGGUGCUGCCGCCGGACCAGCUGCCGCCAACAUCGGCGCCCGCGACGCAGCCGACGCCGGCGCCGCUGGCCCCGGGGAGCACGCGAGCUCCGGUGCCGACUCCGGUGCCGGUGGCCACGCCCGCGCCUUCGACGAAUGCACCGAGCGUGAGCGGGGUGCUGACAAUGACGGAGGCGGCGGUGGAGCAGUGCGAGGACGGGUGCGAGGUCGGGCUCGCGAACGCUUUCGACGUUCAGCCUUACCUGGUUCGAUGUAGCUGCCCCGAAGUCGAAUUCACCCGGAGGUCCUUGGGAGGCUGGCUGACAGAGGAGUGGAACUCGACGAGCGUGAGCCCCACAGAGGGCUUCUACUACCUGCGGAGGCGUCUGGACGAAACCAGCGACGCAGGUUUCGUGGUGACCGUGCCGGGACCCACCACCUCUGGCCUUAUCCAGUCCAUCAACUACUUCCAGAACAACUACGGUCGGGUUUCGGAAGCGCUGGGCGUGGACUCGGAGGACGUCCAGUUCUCGUCUCUCCAGUUCAGCGCGACUUCCAUCUCGCCCAUCACGGAGGAAGCCAGCAACAGCGACGUGCAGCUGGUCGUCAACCCCCCCGCAUCGGACGCGUCGGCUGCCGCCGUGGGAAUGUUCGUGCUCUUCCUGGUGGCUCUUCUACUCGGCACCUGCGGGUGCCUGUGGGCGAUCUUGGGCUUCUGCAGGCAACGAAGGAGGGCGAAGGAGGCCUCCCGUCAGGACUUCUUCUCGUCCAAGCUGAUGGGCUCCACCGCAGGCUCAGUGUCGGGCGCCUCGGGCACCGGGUCCGGCGACGAGGGCGAGUACUACCACAACUUCAACCCCAUCCGCACGGGGGGAAUGCUGGCGCCCCACGGGAAGGCUAUCGCGCCGGCCUCGAUCAAGGCGGUCUCUCCGACCCCCUCUCAGACCAAGCAAACGGAGCUUUUCACGAACCUGAUGGAAGCGACCCCGCCCCGUGGCGACCCCAUCUACACGGAGAUGAUCGGAACGCUGGGACUUUUCGGUACCUUCUACAUGUCCAAGGAAGACAUGGACUUCUGCGCCAUGCGGCUGUACAGCAACUUCAAGCAAGCCCAGGAGAACAUGGAGCGCCACGCUAUCCUGGACUCAAUCGAUGUCAUGCCCGAGAUCUACGAUAUCCUGCGACACUGCGAGGACAGCCACCUGACGGCGGACGAGAAGUCUCUGCUCGCUACGCAGCUGGCGCCUCACUGGACGAACUCGGAGGAAGCGAGGCGGGCGCUGGAGACGGCGGUUGUGUACACGGAAGCCGAGGAGGAGGCGGAGUUCUGGCAGGGUUUGCAGGCCACACGCUCCCGUGCUGCAACCGACUCCCUAUCGAGGUACGACCAGAUCAUCGUGACGGCGCGAAUCGUCCUCAUGUUCGACGGCAGCAGUGGGCAGUCGGCGGCCAUCCGCGAGGCCGUCCCCCUGUUCCAGCAGGUGUACAAGAUCAUCCGGGCCAAGUGCCCGCAGUGGCACGAGGGGAAUGUGCAGCUGAUGGGGGUGUACCUGGCCAUCACGUUCCUCGAGUAUGGGCUUAACUCGCAGACGCUGGGGGCUGAUGGCCAGAGCACGACCCUGGACUGGGUCCACGGGCUUCAGCCGGACGACCUGGAGAAAUUCUUGGCCGAGAAGAAGGAACAGCGCAUGAGAGUCCUGUGUCUCGACCUCGAGCCCACUGGUAUCCCCCAGCAGGCCUUGCGAGACGACGACGAGGUGGUUGGAGCUGCCAACUCUUUGCAAUCGGAGUCGUCGCCGGCCAGUUCGACCCAAAUGGAACUCCCCUUCCAAGGAGCGGACGACGAGACUCCGUCGUCGGCGAUGUCCCCCCAGGGGCUCAUGUCGAUGCACGACCAGCCAUUCGACGACCAGAGCCUGAGCUACGGGAGCAUGCCGGGCAGCCCGGGUUCCUCGCUGCUCAGCUCCAACCUGUACACGAACAGGUCGUUGGGCGGCGACAGGGAGGCGAUGCGGCAGGCCAGGGGCGGCGUGCGGGACAGCGCGUCAGGCAGCGUCAUAACCAGCAGCAGCAACUACAGCGAGGAAGAGCAGAGUGAGGUGCCCGAGAGCCCACUCAGCCGAAUGAGCGUCCACAGCUACGGCCCAAGCAGUAUGGCGUCUUCCGCGCAGGCAGGCGGCCGCGGCAGCGGCGGCGUCCGCCGCCAUGGCACCUCGCCCAUCGACGCGCGUCAGGUGUUCGAAUCGGGCUCGACCACGAGCCAGAGCGAAUCGGAGGAAAGGCACCGCGGCAUGUCGCGAGGCACCAGCCAGGACAGCGAGGAGGUAGGCGGUGGCUUCCGCAGUGGCAGCGGCAGCGGGCGCCGGAGCGGUGUCGAAGGCGGCGGCUUCCGCAGCGGGAGCGGCAGCGGCAGCGGGCGCCGGAGCGGUCUCGGAAGCGGCCGAGGCCGCAGCGCGAGCGGCAGCGGCAGCGGGCACCGGAGCGCUCUCGACGGCCUCGCCAGCAGCAGCUUCGCGUCCUCGCACUACAACGAGGUCUACGGGGACUCUUCGUCCGUGGAGAGCCAGACGCAGAGACGAGAGGACCCCACCGUCGAGAACUACUUCUCGGAGCAGCCGUCCGGCCGCAACCUCCUGCACGUGCUCACUCACCAGCGCGGGGAGCGGACCCCGCGGGACGAGGGCCGUCAGUCGCAGGUCGGCCCGGGUAUCGGAGCGUACAGAGAGCAGCCGUCCGGCCGCGGCCUCGUGCACGACCCGAGCCGCUCGAAAAUCGAUGGUGGCGGCGGCGGCGGCGGCGGCGGGCAGCACAGCGACUUUGCCGCAAGCGGCGCCGCGAUGUCGUCCCCGUCGGAGAGCGAUAGGUCCUCGGCGUGGAACGACACGGACGCGCAGUCGUCGAUCCCCCCGACCUUCGGCGGCGGUGGCGGCGGCGGCGGCGGUAACUACGCGGCGGCGCAGUUUACGACCGCCGCGAGGUCGGCGUACUCGUCCGGGGGCACCGUGCAAUCGGGCAGACACGGCACUUCCCCCGUGGUGCGGGAGGUGGACGUGUACGACGGCGUGUCGUCGGAGGCGUCCAUGUCGUCCGCGGGCACGGAGGCCGCGUCGAGGGUGCAGAGCGAGAUGACGAGCACGAGCACGUACGACCACGACACGGCGGCCGGCGGGAGCACGGCCUCUUUCCAAGGCGGCGGCGGCGACAGCGGCCGCGCGCACCGCCGCCCAGGGCCCGGCGUUAGAGUCCCCCCCUCCCCGAGCCAGCCCAUGCUGGGCUACCAACAAGGGUACGGCUCCUCGAGGUCCUCGAUAGUGUCGAGGGUGGCCGGGGCGGAGUCGGAGAUGGGGUCUCACCGCCUGGUCCCCCCUCAGGACAGCUGGCAGAACUCGCCGGGGCCCGGUGGGGGGGCGUCAGCGGAGGGUGGGAUCGAGCGGGUGCUGUCCGGGGAGACGACGGACUCUAGCAUUUUGGAGCAGCAGGCGAGGGACAGACACGGCAGCGGCCAGCAGGAGGACGGGGACUUUGGCAGGGUGUGGCUGGCGGAUCGAGCGCACGCGAGACAGUUCGAUGAUGCAGACGAGGAUCGGGGUUGAAAGGAUUUGGCAGUAGUAGGAUUUGUUUCUCUUGUUUCUGUUCCUGCUCUUUUUUUGGGCUUGGACUUGGUUUCCGGUACUUUUUUUUUAUUGUAGUUUAAGACACGCGAACAGAACAACAAAGCUUGCCAAAAGGUGCCAGGCAGUAAUCGUGUGGUGACGGUGAGGAAAGUUUGCGGAGCGCGCUUUUUCAGUUCGCGACUUUACGGCUUUAUGACAUCGCGUAGCGGGCUGAUGUUUUCAAUGUUGCGGCCUUAGUUCCCGCUGAGAAAAUAGCCGUCGGUGGUGUUCUCCUUUGGUUUGCUCUGCCGUUCUACCUGCAAGAGGCGGGUUGGACAGGGGCGUUUGGGAGAGAACGAGUAGUCAGUCCUUUGGUGUCAGACCGUUAUAAUCAUGGCCUCGGUUUUGCUUGUUGUAUUUGUCUUUCUGUCCGUGUUGAGAUCGGUCGGGUGUCUGGGG